AUGCGGCCCGCGGUCUGCCUGGUUACGGGUGCGAUCUAUUGUCGUAGUGGACGUGCUAACCUGUGCACGCUUGUCAACAGUACUUGCACCCACAGCGCAUCACCUCUCGUCCCGGUAUCUUCAGUGUUUGUCAACGGCUCCUGCACACACAGCGAGCAACCAUUCAUUCAGGGAUUUUCUGCACCUGUCAACGGCCUCGAUAUCUUCUGUGUACAACCAACCGUUCUGGCAUCUACUACGCAUAGAGACAUUUCUGUGGUAUGUCAAUCUUCUUCGGCACCUUAUACGCAAAGCAAUCAUCCUCGACGUAGACUAUUCUUCUUUCCUACGCCCAGUAAUCGUCAUUGGCGUACAUCAUUCUUUCCUGCGUAUUCAGCUUACUUUUCUUCAAACAUUGACUGUUCCAAUUACCAUCUGCAUAUGUCAACUGAUUGGUCAUAUUCUUCUGCCCAUCAAACAGUUCCGGAUAUUUACUUUGUGUGUAUCUACUCUUCUGUUAGAACAUCAUUUUUCUCUCGCUAUCUAAUUCAUUCUCUCUUCUGUACCGGAAAGUUUACCCGUGUUUUAAUAAAACUUUCAACACAGUCUACCGGAAGUCGUGUUGUUCUUCACCCCUUUCAUCCUAAUAUUGUCUCCUCUUCCUCUUUCUCGACCCUUCCUUCAAUGAGGAGGACCGAGAUGGAAGCUUUUCCUCUGCCUCUAUAUGUACAUCCAACCCUGGGAGUAAAAGGGCUUGCACCUCCACUUGCUCCUUCUGUUCAGGCUGUUCCGCCUUCCGCUACAUUUUUUGAUUCUGCUCUUCACCCUGGUCCACAUGUGACUCCGUCUGCUGCUGCUGCUGCUGCUGCCGCCUAA